AUGGAUCCCCGUCCUCCCAUUGGGUUCUCAAAUGGUAAGAGUUGUCCAAGUGAACCACCGGGAAAGCCCAAUCCGGUGAAUUUGCAUUCGCAGUUUCCACAGCAAAUCUCAUUUUCGCAUCCAUUGUAUACCAUGAGUGCUCCCCACCAGCAAUUUCCCCAGCAACACCUAUAUCCACAAAAUGUCCAGUAUGUUGUUGUUCAACCACAAUAUGCUCCAUUCUCACUGCCACAACUACCACCUCAACCUGCUGGGACUAUGUCAAUGCCACCGCCUGCAUCAGCUGGAACUAUGCCACUGCCUGCACUGCCACUUCAACCUCCAAUUGCUGGAGCAGUGCCAUUUAUGUCUGUGUCAUACUCAGGCACCCCACACUCUGUAACUGGUCCAGAUUUACAAGACACUGUUAGUGUAGACAAUGAAGAGAAUGCUCAACCCGAUAGGACUUCUAGGCGAUUGCGAUUGAAUUGGACAGAAUUGGAGUCUUUAAGACUGAUUAACGCUUGGUUGAAUAGUUUCAAGCUGAAUAGUUCCAGGAAGAAUGGCGUGCACUGGGGAAAUGUCACAAAGCUGUACAAUAGCAGCACUCCAAAAGAUCGGAGAAGGUCACGAAAUCAAUUGAAGCUCCACUGGCACAAGAUUACCAUGAAGAUGGCCCACUUCUAUGACUGCUGGUGCCAAAUCGAGAAGAAAUAUUCGAGCGUGCAAUCUGAUAAAAUGCAACUGAUGGACAAAACAUGGGUAAAGUAUGACGAGGAAGCAAGGGCGAUGUACCUUGAGGAAGCAAAACAUCAUUUCACGUUGGGCCAUCUUUGGAAAGCUGUCUGGGACCAACCCAAGUGGAAAAGCUACAUCUCUUCAUUAUAUUCCAAGGGUACCAAAUUAUCUGAGUCUGGGGACUGCACGUCAUCCUCUGAAGAUGCCAAUGAUGUAUCAGAAAAAGAAAUGGAUGACAAAGAUAGCAUGUCUGCAAAGAAGAAACGGGAAGGCAAAAGCAAAAUGUCAUCUCCUUCAAUACAGUUGCAACAAGGCAUUCAAAGCUCAGUGGGUCCUCAAAACGUGCUUGAGAAGAAUAAUUUAGUGGCAGACACUUCGAGGCUCUGUGAGUUUCAGCCUGAGAAGGAGAAAUUGAUGGCUGGCACUUUGAGUUUCAAUGAACUUCACCAUGGAAAUUCAGUUAGGGAAGACGUGCCUGAAAAGGGAAGACAUCCACAAGAUUGCAAAGGACUGGAACAUGCAAUGACGGUGAGAUGUGCUCCAGAAAAAGAAACAGACCCACAAAGUUCCAAGAUGGAAAAGGCCAAGCGGAAACGUAAAGGGAACUUAUCAUGUCCUUCCUCGGAGGUGCAGGAAGACAUUAAACGUGCAAUGGAUCUACAGAGAAUGCUUCAGAAGGAUCGUGAGAAGAUGUCGGAGGUACAAAUCCAACUCUCAAAAGAGAAGCUUGAGAUGGCAAAACUAAAGCACCAGGAAGCAAAGGAAAAGAAGGAAACAACACUCUAUGAGAAGUACACCGAGCUAUUGAUGGCUGACACUCAGAGGUUCAACGAUUUUCAGAAGGAAGAGCAUCAAAAGGCAGUGAAGUGCAUGGGUGUGAUGCUAUUUGGUAAAGAUGGUAAAAAGCAUCUCCACAGAUCAAUCAACCACGCAGUCAUUACUGGUGCAUCUCAUGCCAAAAUUUAUGGCCCUAUAGAAUACAACAGCAUCUUAUCUUCAAACUGUCGAUUGAAACGUUAUAGUGGAAUUGUAGGCUUACUACAUCUGUACCGAAAGUUGAAUACCAAGAUUGGUGACAGUGGAGCCAAAAGUAAAAGACCUAAGAAAGAGAGCUUUAUCGAUGAUAAAGAGAUCAAGUAG